AUGGCUCAGGCGCUCUGUCAGCUUCAAUAUGAGCUGCAAAAUGGAUUGCCCUGUGCUGUUGUAGGGUCAGGCAAUUCAAAAGUUGAGACUGAGGGAUUCGUUCCCAGGACACCAGCUUCUAAAGAGACCCGGAGAAGCAAGGUUUCAAAAAAGAGCAUGCUUCUUAAGAAGAAAUUAGAGUUGGAAGUGAAAGUGCAUGGAAAUUCCCAAAUGGACCACAUGCUUGCUUCAAGUUCAGACCCAACCUUGCUUCCAACAGAUAAUGGCGAUUCAGAGGUGCUUCGAUCAGAUGAUUCAUGUUAUCAGUUCCCCGAUGAAGGAGAGUACUUUGACCGUACUGGAAAUUUUCCUUCCCCAGUUGAGCUGGCAAACCUUGACGAGAGUUUUCUGGCAAAGCGAUGCAGACUUGGUUACAGAGCAGGUUAUAUAAUAGAACUUGCGCAGGCAAUUGUUGAAGGCAAAAUUCAAUUAGAACAGCUUGAAGAGCUCUCGAAAGAUGCAAGUUUAUCCUGCUAUAAGCAGCUUGAUGAUCAGCUCAAACAAAUUAAGGGGUUUGGCCCAUUUACUCGCGCCAAUGUACUUAUGUGCUUGGGAUAUUACCAUGUCAUUCCAUGGGAUUCUGAAACUGUUAGACACUUAAAGCAGGUUCAUUCAAGAAAUACAACCUCUAAAACAAUUGAGAGAGAUCUUCAAGAGAUUUAUGGGAAGUAUGAGCCCUAUCAGUUCCUGUUCUUUUGGCCAGGUCUGGGAUAUGGCACUUCUAUGAGGUUUGGGAAGAUGAAUGAAAUGCGUUCUUCUGAUUAUAAACGUAUAACUGCUAGUAAUAUGAGAAACACUGUGAAAACCGCAAACAAGAGGAAGAGAACAUCACGGAAAUGCUAA